GCAUGAGCGCGCUCGGUGGGCGUGGCCUAAACGGGCGGGGGCGGGGCCUCCGCCCCGGUGGCGCGGGCUCCCAUUGGCCGCGGCGCGUUGCCAUGGCCACGGCGUCGCCCCGCCCGCCCCGCCGGGUCCCGGUGCCGGUCCCGGUGCCGGUCCCGGUGCGCGAUGGGCAGCGGCGGCUCCUCGGGGCGGGGAGCCCGGCUGGCGGCCGCCGAGGGCCCCGAUGGCGUCGAGCAGCGUCUGGAGGUGCGGGGCCGGCAGGUCCCGACCGAGCUGUGGGCUCAGCAGGGGCUGCGGAAGCUCUAUCUGAGCGACGCGGGGCUGCGGGAGGUCCCGGACGAGCUGGCGGAGCUGCAGCACCUGCGGACCCUCGCCCUGGAUGGCAACGAGCUGAUGGAGGUGCCCGAGGCCGUGUGCGACCUGCCCCACCUGGCGCACCUCUACCUGGGCCGCAACGGGCUGCAGGGGCUGCCGCCCUCCUUCGCCCAGCUCCAGAGCCUGCGCUGCCUCUGGAUCGAGGGAAACUUCCUGGCGCACUUCCCCCGCGCCCUCCUGCAGCUGCCCGAGCUGCGCAGCCUCCAGCUGGGGGACAACCGGCUGUGCCGGCUGCCCACGGCGCUGCCCCGCAUGGCCGGCCUGCGCGGGCUCUGGCUCUACGGGAACCGCUUCCAGGAGUUCCCGCCCGUGCUGCUGCGCAUGGAGCACAUCCGCGUCCUCGACCUGGACCGCAACCGCAUCGCCGCCUUCCCGGACCUCAGCGGCCUCGCCGCCCUGCGCCUCCUGUCCUACGACCACAACCCCGUGCGGCAGCCGCCCUGCGUCGCGGAUGAGGUGCAGCUGGUGGGCGACGGGGCGCAGGAGUACAUGGAAGCGCGGCAGGAGCGGCUGCAGAGCCUGCAGCGCCAGGAGGAGGAGGAGGAGGAAAGCGCCGAGGCCGCCCCGGUGUCCCUGGAGGCUGGGCCAGAGGAUGGGGAAGGGGAAUCUGUGGCCCUGACGGGAUCUCCUGAGGAAACGUGAGCUGUUUCCCUGAAGGGGUGCAGAGCCUCCACCUGCCUCACAAGGAAUUCCCAUCCAGGGCUGGGAAAGGAGGAAGUUCACAGCCUCCACAAAGGAAAACCAGCUUUCUCAGGAUCAGCCUUAUCCAACUGGGACAGCAGCAUUGUGUCCUGGAUCUGCACGGCUCAUGGACCCCAAUGGUUACCCCACCUGAGAGCAUCCCACCUACUCCAGGGUGUCUUGGAUUGGAAUACAGCCCCCUGCCCUGAGGGAUGAUCCCACACUGACAACAGGGACAUUUCUGCUCCUCCACCUCUGAAAAUCCUUUACUUCCGUCCCAAUGGGCAGCACAGAAAAGGGCAAUGCUGGUUGCAUCCGUUCCAUGGAUCCCAUCAUCCUGAAGAGCUCCGAGGUCUGGGAACAAAGGCACAGACCCUGAAAACCCCAUCCUGCUGCUGGAAUUGGGCUGGAGAAGAAAAUUUUCCACCAGGCUUCUCCUGGCCAUCAGGUUUGGGAAGGAGCUGAUAGAAAUUCCACCAGGAUCUAAGCACUGCCUGUCUCCAGCCUGAACAGGGUUUUGCCUCUGUGGGAAGAGGAGGCUCCUCCUUGGCACUGCCCAUCCUAAAAUGGGCACCAGAUCCAGGGCUGACACCUUAUCCUUCCUUUUCCUGUCUUCAAGUGCCUCUUGGACCAAACGCAGGCAAUAAAAAGCACAAAUCCAAGAAAUUUGUUGUUAGAGAAAAGUGGCAGCCUCAGGGAAGGGUUUAUUUGGGAUCCCCUAAAACCAAGUCAGGUAUUUUGGUGUGCGACCACCAGCUCCUCUUAUUUCGGACAUCCAAGGAAUCCUGAUUCCCUCUGCCCAUCUCCGAGCUGAGCCGGUGUGGUGGGGAGCUCGGGAAUCCGAGGCCUGGAGCUCGCUGGAGGUUUCAAACCACUCAUCCGCUUUUAAUGGCCGUGGAUUUGGGGUUGGGGCUGGGAGGCAGCCAGAGGUCCUGCCACAUCCGUUCCAGCACUGGCAGGGAAGAUGCUGCCGGCUUUUCCCUCCACUUCCUAUUCCACAGCAGGGACCACAGCUAUUUUGGACACGUGGAGCUUCCUCAGCUGUGGGAUGUGCAGGGGCUGCCCGUGCCAGCUCCUCUGGGGUAAUUUCAGGGGUUUGGGGCUUAGCAGGAGGUUGGAGCCAGGUCUUCCCAAUAGGUACAGGCUGUCAAUCCCUUUUCCCACCUAGGGCAGAGUAUCCUGGGAUCCCAUGGCAUCCCAGGAGCACACUCCUCAAAUUCUGGGUGUCUCCCAGCCCUUCAUGCCAUCUUUCCAGGGUGCUGCUGCUUUAUCUGGGAAGACAUUGCUGCUGAUUAGCAAGGAAUUAACCAUGAUCCCGAGGGUGCUGACCCUGGCAGAGACCCUCAGCAUUCCAGGCCCCUGCCGCAGGCAAGACCCGAUGCCGCCAGCUCCACGCAGAUCCCUGCCAGCCCACCCAUUCGGCAGGAGUUGGGAUGCAGGUGGCUCUGGAUGCCACCAGCCUGUCCCCACGGCCGCGAUCAGAUCCAGGAGCUCUGACACCUGCAGUAGGGGAGGUCCUCCCUCUCUGCAGCCUUUUCCCACCACCCAGCUUUUCCCAAGGAGCUGGGUCAGGAUCCAGGCACCGGUGACGAUGGUGGUGACACCAGGACCGGGAGCUGCCGCAGUCGGUGGGAAUCUGACAAUUCCGGCUCCGCUCGAGUAUUUUGGGGCCGCUGGCACCGGCGAGUCCCCGCUGCCGGCAGUGCAUCAUCCAUACGUCUGUCCCUAUAUAUAUCCCUGCCUCCUCUCCCGGCCCCGCGUGCGACGGUUUGUGGCCUCGCCGCAGCUGGGAUCACGCUGCUAUUUCCAUCUGCUCCCGCUGCCUGCCAGCACGAAGCAGCGGGAUCGGGAAUCGCUGCGGAUCCGUGCAACAGGAGCGCCGGGACCGCCACGCUUUCAAAGUUGGAUGUUACCGUCACAUGAAGAAGAGAGAACCUGAACAAGAUCACGGCUACGAGCUCUAGAGUUAAAAAUGAACACACAAACCCCCGGGGAGCCCGACCGCGGACGAGGAAUCCAGCCUGGAAAAGCGGGGUGCCCAAGGGGCCACGGGGGGCACCUGGCUUGGCACAGCCCUGGCCCUGCCACCCCUUCCCCAGGCAUAUUGUCCAAAAUCGUCUAAACUGGGCCUGUGGGAGCUGCUGGGAGCCAAGGGUGCCACGGGGGGAGCAGGAAGACUGAGGAUGAUCCGGCGUCUGCCACAGAGAGCCACCACCGACCCCGUUGUCACCCCUGUGGGGCUCCCAGGUGGGUCUGUCCCUGUUUUGGGGGGUCCCAGGGAGCAGGAAGGGGUCUGGCAUGUGCAUCCCAGGGCUCCGUGGGGAUGCUGCUGCUGGCACUGAUCCUGCCAGGCUGGCUGUCCCAAGGAAUGCCGCCAGCCCGGGGAAUGUCACCUGCCCUCGAUGGGGACAACAGCGCUCGCUCCACCCUUUAUCCCCAGGGAUGAUGGGCACGGGGCUCCCGGAGCAGCCCUGCGGGAAGGGUACCCUUUGGAGCUCCGCAUUCCCCCGAGGGGCCCCUUCCAGCCCGGGGUG